AUGCUUCUCCGGAAAGACCGCACCUUAACUAUCCAUACGUGCAGUGAUGUUCUACGAAGACACGAACAGACUCACCAGGAGUUUGAUGGAACUCAAACCGAGCUCGAUGAAGUUGGCGGCACUAAAUCCCGAAGGCCGAGAACUUCAAUUGCAUGCGAUUCCUGCGCAAAGGCGAAAGUCCGGUGCAAUGGCCAACUUCCUUGUGACCGUUGUGUCUCUAAGGUCUUGCAUUGUAGUGCAAAUAGGCCAAACAUCUUAGGCGGACGGCGACGUCCACUGCCGCCCGCAUCUUCUUUGGACCCCUCGCCGAGCGACGAGAUGACCUCAAUGACAAAUAUAAAUGGGCAUGACCAUGCCUCCGUUGUAGUGUCACAAAUGGGCCUACCAGCCGAAAUUAUACCCACACAAAUGUUGGGGAAUUCGUCAACUUCUGAUAGCUACCAAACAAACUCGGGAGCACUGGGACGAGUUUCAUGGUUCGCUCACGAUUCUACCACACCAAAUUCCGUCGAGAACUUGUCCCAACGAAACCAGGACCAGCGAGAGGCUUCCAUUGCCUCGAGUGCCAAGCUAGAUCCUAGCUGUGCUGCAUCCCCGUUGCAAUUUGAGACGGCGGACGCUCGCGAAUUGAAUACGGAAUAUCGAGAUUUGUAUUUUCCAUGGACCGAAUCUUGUGUGGGCCUUGUUGACGCGGACCCGUCCAUGGUGCCCGAUUUCCCAAACUUCUUCUGGUUGCCAGAGGAGAGUUUCCAAUUAGAUAAUUUCCUAGACGAAAACGCGACCGUAGAGAGACAUAUCAAACCUCAACAAGCCACGUCAGACAGGUUACAAAAGAUCGCGGUCAAAAAGAAAAAUACAUGUCCAUAUUCAAACUCUCCGUUCGUUUACAACUUCAAGAAGGGGCCUCCAAUCAAGAUUCUGCAGAUUUGCGAGUUUUUGCAUGAUCAUUCUAGCUGGAAGCGGAUUAAUAAGUUGAAACCACCUCUAAUCCCACAGGGCCUACCAAUAAUGCAAGUUGGUGAGCAGCUCAGAGAUGCCUUAUCUGCGAGGAUACAUGGCAUGCUUUAUAAAGCGCCGAAUCAAGACUAUUCAGGAUUCAUACCUCAUCAGUUCCCUCCUCUCGAUUCGCUUCAAUAUUUUUUCCAGACUUAUCAACGCAACUUCUCAACUCUCUAUCCUAUCGUUCACCCUACCAGCUGCAUGAACUCCAGAUUGAAUAAGCCAGAGCCCUAUGAAGAUAUGGGUAUAUUUCUGACUUCAAUUUUGACCCUUGGUUGUCUGAUGUCCCCGGUUUCAGAAGCCCAGAGGUUCUCUGUGGAAUUGUCCUAUCUCAUUCGAGUCACCGUCACUGAGGCCGCAGAACGAGACGAGACUUCCCUCACCGACGUGUGGACCAUUAGUUGUCUUAUCUUGGUGACUAUCUUCAGUGCAUGGUCAGGCAUUCAGAGACACUCAGAGCUAGUCGAAGCAUUCCACAGUACCCAUACUGCAAUUUUGGUACGUAGAGGCUACUACAAGCCCCUUACCUCCCACAGCCUUGGUAGCCGUGAUGAGCUAGAUAUGUCGUGGCCUAUGUGGAUUAAACGGGAACGACUCGUAAGAAUUCGCUGCCCCAUGCCGUCCUCGGAUGAGCUAUAUUUCUCACAAAGCGAAGAAGAAUGGCAAGCUGUGAUUGAUGACUGCAGUAUGGAACGAGAGUCAACUACUAAGCUGCAUCCGCCGUCGCUCGCUGCCUUCUACCAACUCUUUCUUCGCCAUGACUUUCUGCAUUUAAAGCUUGCUGUCACACCACUCCAACUACGUCUUCUGCUGUGCACCAUUCAGACACAAAUCGUGGAUCAUGCCCUUAACAAUCGUUUCCUUGCCCUCAAUGAUCAGCUUGAAGCUUCAGGGAAAUCGCAUACGGUCAUGAGCUCUGCUUUUCUUCGUACGGAGGAGCUGGAGAGCAUGUUGAAUAAGUGGCAUGUGCUGCAGCGCCGCGUCUUUGGUCCCCGCUGUCGAACCCAGUUGUCUAUAUCGUGGAAGGAUGGCCAUGCAUCAGGAAGGCCUUUGGUACCACAGCUUCAGCAAUGGGCACAAUCUUCCGCCGCUAGGAGAGCAAUUGCACAUGCUGGGCAGGUUUUCAAGAUUCUACAAUGGUCGGGCAUUGAUGUCGUACGCCCCAUCUGGUGGCCAUUGGCCGCUUGUCGCGUAGCAUUGGUCAUUUGGUGUUAUGGCAUAGGCCUUUUUCUUUCAACUGGCAGCGCAGCGGGCAUUGACGAGGCAGCGUUAAACAGGGCUCCCUUCAUUUCUUUGAAUCCUGCUGGCGAAGGUUUGGAGGCCCAUGGAAGGGUUAUCUAUGAAGGCGAGGGCCUGCCCUGUAUCGAAGAUUCUGAUGGGAAGUUAACACCGCUGCAUCGUACUUCCGAUAUGCUGGACGUAUUCUUGAAACAUCUCCAAGAUGGCAGAAGCACAAGUUCGCCCCUAUGUGAAACUGUCUAUCGUUUCCUGGAGGAUAUAAAACGCUGCGGAGUACCUUACUCCAAGGCGUGA